GCUCGGGCUGUUAAACAACAGCUUGUACUUUCCUUUCUGCACCGGUCUGCAGGGCCAGGGGAACCUGGCAGCUGAUUGGACAGCGCUGGUUUUAUCACGUCACACCAGAUCAUCAGUAUAACUAACGAGGAGCGAGUCAGUGCGUCAAACUACAGCUUUGCGGUGGAACCUGCACGUGUGGAGCACUCCUCAAGAUUACAGCACGUGCACACAAUGGACAGAUCACAGGUCGGAGAAUCCAUUCCCACAGACGUCAAACAGACUCACAGACUGUUUCCAUCAUUGCCAAAUUCAGAGAGGUAUGACUACGUAGCUGAAAAGCUUCACACACCUCCAGAGUUUCAUCCUGAGGGUCUGGUGGAAGUCACACAGUCAGGAGCGUCAGCGGUCGACAAUGACAUCAGAAUGAAAGCACAGAUACUGAUCUUGGAGGAGCAAAACCAAGAGCUUCUUUCUAUUAAUGAGAAAUGGGCAAAAGAGUAUCGAACCAUGGUGCAAUACUACAAAGACAAAGUCUGGGAUUUGAAAGCAUUACUGCAACUAAACCACGGUCACUUUAAAGAGAAGGUGUGUGAGGAGGGUGAAAUGCCUGUCACGUCCAAUAAAAAAGUAAAAUUCAGCACACUCGAGCGUAAACAGACUGGAGAUGUUAACUCUGAGGCCGAAAAGGAGGCAAAAGAGCUGCAAGUGCAGAACAGAACUCUGACCCGUAGAGGGCAGCAUCAGCAAGAGGAGAUCAUACGACUGAACAAGGCCCUAGAGGAGGCUCUUCAGACCACUCAGCCUCAGGGGGUGAGCAAUGAAACACUACAGGAUCUGUGGAAAUACCAGGCUGAGGUGUAUAAGGAAGACUUUCUAAAGGAGCGUGGGGAUAAGCAGAAGCUAAAGGAGAAGUAUCUGGAACUAAAGAAGAGGUUUCUAAAAGUUCACACUGAGCUUUGUGUCCUUAAAUCUCAAGUGACUUGGACUCGACCACCACAACCUUUGCUUCACUGUACCGGCACAAAUCGAGCCAAAAGUCCAAAUUAGGUGCCAGUUAACCAUCACCACAUCCAGUUACAAAGGUGUUACACUCUUGAUAACAAACUAUUGAAAUUCUAAGCCCCCCCCCCCAGUUUUUGUGUAUUAAUCUUAUGAUGCACUUUAUGGAAGUCUGUCCUGGAGUAUGACACAGUAUCAGUUUGUCUUUAACAGAGUGAGAGGGUGUUAGGGAGGACUACAAGUGAGCGCUUUUCUCUUGCAGAACACAACGCCACAACUUCAUCUUCAGGUAGUUUUCAAUGUGGUUGUAACACGGCCACCCCGCUGAUUUGGUCCCAUUUGGUGGAAGACAGGGGAAGGAAGAAAGAAGAGAUAUCACUUACUGCACAGCCUAAACACUAUUGACAUGGAUGUUUAUCAAAGGUGCAAAAUGAAUGAGGUAUUUUCCUGUUGUCUACCUUCAAGUGCAAAAGAACAUUCAGAGGAACAAUAGACCAGCAUACAGUUCUGUUUUGAUAAACUACCUGGUCCUACUGCGCACUAAAGGUGAACUCUGAAAGUCAGGUACAUCUGCAGUUGUAAAGAGAUAACCAAUGACGUGACCAAUUUGAGGAUAGGAAGAACUAGAACCAUAUUGCUCGGUGUCUCGAAGACAUCCUGUGUUAUCUGGAGUCUUUUUUGCGGGUAUUUAUUCAGUAUUAGUUGUACCUGAGGUCUGUCAGAGAGGGAAGACUGGCUUUGUAGAAGAAGAAAAAGUAUUUAAUGACAUGUAUUUUGACAUAUUUUUGUAUGUUUGAAUGAAAUUGUUGGCACAUAUUUUCCUCAAUUUCUGAUUAUUUAUUGUAAAAAUAAAACUGUUUGGAAUAUGUGAAGAAUCCCUUGUACACUUCUGCCCGUCACUCAACAUGGGAGUGAAAAACACCUCAGUCUCUUUCUUCAUACUAUGAUUCCACUGGUGUGUUAGUCCGCAGCCAGUUCUCCAGACCCAUUUCACCUGUUCCAGAGUUGGCUUUCCCAGGCAGUGCCCAGCUUGGGUACCAGUCUGCCAACCAUGCUCUGCUCAUGUCUGGUGGUCCUGCAUCCUGCACCAGGUGGAUGCAGUGUCUUGCUCACAAACACUUUGACACAUGGACUGGAGCUGCCAGGAAUUGAAACACCAACCCUCCGUUUAGGUGAUGACCCUUUCUACCUCCUAAGC